ACUGAUGCAAUGAUGCAGCGCACUAAGUCGGGAACCCGUCAGGACAUCCACCCGGAGUCAACGUCCACGCUGCUGUCCAGAGUAUUGAAACAACAUCUCUCUGUCAGGGACAUGGCCUGAGACGACUUCGGAUGGUUAUCCAACACGCCCGCUGCUCUAGGCAACCAGAUCCACGAUCCAGGAUGGCAGAAUCCAUUGUCUCACUUGGCGGAUAGCAGAGGUUGCAUAAUUCCGUGCUUCCAGAACGCGAAAUUUGAGAGAGAUGGCCGAGCAAGCAGUUGCCACAGUGUUGCACAGGGUAGGAGCCACUGUGAUUCAGGAGGCUGCUUCUCUGAGCGAGGUUCCUGGCAAGGUGGAGGCUCUCAAGUCCGAGCUCAAGCGCAUGCAGUGCUUCCUCAGAGAUACCGAUACGAGGAUGGAGAGAGGCGAAAUGGUGAACCACCUGGUGUCCGAGGUCAGGGAUGUAGCUUACAAGGUUGAGAUCAUAAUUGACAUGGCGAAUAUCUUGGCGAGGGAGAGCAACAGAAAACGGUCCUUCAUGGGUGCCAUAUCAAAGGGUGCUCAGUACCCCUUCCACUGGAUGCAUCUGUACAUUAUAGGAAAAAGGAUUGAUAGAGUUAUGGCAAGAGUGCGUACAAUCUUCCAAGAUUUCAUAAAAUAUAGCAUUGUUAGUACUAAUCUGAAUGAGACGAGAUAUAGUAUGGAUGAGAACGAAAGCUUGCGCGCUAGGAGGCUGACACUUCCUGACUUCGAGGAUGAGGUCGAUGUCAUUGGCUUUGAUAGUCAAAUCGACCAAAUUAAGGAUGAACUGCUUGACUCGGAGAAUAAGGAUCUCACCGUCAUCUCACUUGUUGGUCCAGGAGGAGCAGGAAAAUCAACCAUUGCCAAGAAGGUCUACAAUCUCGUCUCAAAAAAACAUUUCAACUCGUGUGUAUGGAUAUGUAUCUCACAACAAUUUACAGCCUAUGGUGCACUAAAGGAUAUCGCUAAAGGGGCCAUGGGUACUCAAGAUUUCGAAGAAAUAGGAGAAAUGAAAGAGAUAGAAAUUAUAAAGAAGAUAUCCAGUUUUCUAAAGGAUAAAAGAUACCUUGUAGUUUUAGAUGACGUAUGGAGAAAAGAGGAUUGGGAUAUGAUCCAAGCCACCUUUCCCGAUGUAAAAAAUGGAAGCAGAAUAGUUAUAACAACUCGCAAUUCAGCAGUUUCCAAUCAUCCCAAUACAAGAAAAAUAAUCCAUGCGGUAAAGCUCCUCAACAACGAGGAAAGUAUCGAGUUGUUCAACAGGAAGGCAUUCCCUUACUAUGUUGCCGAUGGAAGAAAUGAUCUGGAUAGCUUCAGAGAACUAGGCAAGAUACUUGCGUUCAAGUGUAAUGGCUUGCCUCUUGCAAUUGUAGUGAUAGCAGGCUUCCUUUCAAAGAAUCUAAAAAUUACCGAGUGGAGAAGAAUGGUUACUAGCAUAAAUUGGGAUGUAAUGAAGAAUGAAGGUGACAUCAGAGCCAUACUGGACCUAAGUUACUAUGAUCUGUCAACUAAUCUGAAGGCAUGCUUUUUGUACAUCACAUCAUUCCCGGAAGACUAUGCGGUCCCGGUUGGCCUACUUACAAAUUUAUGGAUUUCAGAGGGUUUUAUACCAAAUGUUCGUGGAUGCUCCCUUGAAGAAACAGCAAUCGGUUAUGUGGAAGAACUGGCACAGCGUUGUAUGAUCCUAAUUGAAAAGAGCAGCUCCAAGUGCAUCAAGACCAUAAAAGUGCAUGAUGUGUUGCGUGACUGGGGAAUUGGGCGAGCUCGAAGAGAAGGGUUCUUUAAAGACUGCAGUUCCAGCAAUGAAGUGGAUACGUCAUAUUCUGAUGAAAUGAGAGCUUACAGAGUGGUUCUCCAUGACUCUGUUUGCGUAAGAGUUGGUGUCGUAAUACCAAAUCUGCACACCUUGCUGAUCCACAAUGCAGCUCAAUUAGAAUGGAAAGCUUUCCCUUCUAAGGGACUACAUUACUUGAGGGUGCUCUACUUUGAUGGCAUGAGAGCAAGAUGGCAUCUUCCUAGAGAGAUCGGCCAUAUGGUACAUCUGAGGUAUCUUGGCUUGAAAGGUGGCACAUAUGUACUUCCUGCUUCUGUCAGUAAUCUCGCAAACCUGCAUACUUUUGAUGCGAGAGAUGCCACAAUGGAAGCACUUCCUAUUUCUCUCUUGAGCAUUUUGACAUUGAAGUAUGUCCAUAUCUACAAAGUCAAGUCAUGGUCCAUGCAGAACAUUACCAUGCAAAGCAACCUGAAAUCUCUUUUCAUAUUCCUGUCGUCCAACAUGCCAAAGCAAUGGGAAGCAGUGAUUGGUAGAAUGGAAGGAAAUCCGUCCCGGUGUUUUGGGAAGCACUACGAGAUUAUCAAACAGUUGGAAAUGAUUGGGGCAUGUGAGGACAGGUUUGGUGUGCCCAACGACCUACAACUUCCUGAUCUGUUUCUCCUCCCGCACAACCUGAGAUGGCUGAAAAUUAGCUGUCCUAAUUUGCUGAAUGAUGAAGACCCCAUGCCAACACUUGGGAGCUGGCUAACGGUCCUGAAUGUGUUAGAAAUAGGGGUCAAGUCCUAUACUGGUGCAACCAUGACCUGCCCUUCUGGUGGAUUUCCAAAUCUCUACAAUUUGGUACUCCACGAUCUAGAUAUCGAGGAGUGGAUAUUGGAGGAUGGUGCAAUGCCGAAGCUCAGAAUACUAACUCUCUGCAAGUGCACCAAGCUGAAGGCACUUCCACAAGGAUUGCAACAACUGAAGGAACUUAAGAAGGUGAAAGUGAUAGCGAUGCCCGAGUUGGAUCAAGUACAAUGCUACCUACUCCAUAGGGCAGGACGCGAGGUCAUCAUCAGGUCAAGUGAGGAGGAUUUUGAGCAAGUACAGAUCCCAAAGGAUGACAGGUAACAAGCUGGCAUCCAUGAAAAAUGGGGGGCUUGAGUAAUUUAACUUUGCUCCUAUCUUACACGCUGGGAAGAAUAAAUAUCCUUCCAGAAGGUGCAGAGGUUUCUCCCAUGAGCUACUGGCCUGAUACCGGCAAAUUGUGAAUUGUGCUUAAGGAUUUGUUUCACUACUAUUUGUUACAUACUUAUAUAACCGUGAACACAAUAUUUCAUAUGUAAAUUUUAUUAAAUAUAUAUACCGAGGAACUCUGAUGUACAUGA